AUGACCUUAUCACACAUGUCUGUCCAUCAGGUUUUCUUGUUCAAGGAUGGCUCUUGUAACGGUUUACAACAUUAUGCUGCUCUUGGAAGGGACAAGGUAACAAACCCGCGGAUGUUUACUGAGGAAUCACUACUAGGCAGAGUUCUUGAAAUUAUGGAAAUAGAUGCAAAGAAAGAUCCAACAACUAAUUUGAAUGCAUUGCAUGCCAAAUUUUUGAUUGAUCAGGUUGUCCGAAAAUUGGUUAAACAAACAGUGAUGACAUCAAUGUAUGAUGUCACCUACAUUGGUGCUCGUGACCAGAAACCUAUUUCCUUGUCAAACUAG